UCUGCAGAAGGCAGAAGAAAUAAAAGCAGCGGGCUAUUGCGGCUCUGGAUGCGUGUGCAAGGCGAAGCCACGGGGAGGGGAGGGGCGUGUACGCGUGCGACCAUGCCUGCAAUUGCUCCACUGGAAACACGGCUGCGUGCUUCUAAUCACCGAUCUGUUCCUGAAGAGCAGCACCGGAGAAGCCACUCCGUUUAACCCUUUAGCUUUAGAAGCAGAGCGUUGAAAACAGCUGGUCCCGAGUCCCGACCCCGUUCACCGCAGGCAUGCGAGGAUCUUUCUUUAGAUCCGUAUGUAACAAAUAAGCUCUACCAUUGCGCCGUCCCGUUCCACGGAACCUCUGUGCAGGGUGGUGGUUUCCUGGAGGAACCCUUUCCCGGUCACACGAAGCGUCCCGUCUCGCUGCGGCGCUUCCUGCCGGCGGACUGCAGGUUAGUGAUGCAGGCGAGGCACUUUCGCCUGAGGACGCGAAUGCGGCAGCCCAGACCUCUCCCUCCUCCUCCUGCUGCUGCUGCUGUGGACUAGUCUCUGCAAAUACAUAACCCUUAGUUGCAAGAACCCUACCGCCAGACUCUAGGAAAAUGAGCUUUUCAUUCACCCUUCGGGAAUUAUGAACGCUAAUUGUUGGCUUCUUUCCCUUUCUCCUGUAAUUAAGUUGCUCCUUUCUAUUGGUUUUUUUUCCUCCUUCCUGUCUUCCCCUUUGUAUCAACGCGUGAGGGCUACAUAAGGAAAUAAACCGUGCCUGGAGAAUGCCUGGGACUCUAGCCCUGUAGUCUAGGGUGCUUUCAGACGUAGGACCCACAUCUCAUCUAAACGGGUGUGUGAGGACGCCUUUUGAUUUUCUCUUGCCCUGUAUUUACACGGUGGUAGCGCAGCUGUUGCGACCCAUCCUGGAAUGCAACCAGGUGGGUCCCGACCCACCUGCUGGAGACCGGUGGUAGCUGGAAUAGCAUUUACCCCACCCCCAAAACGGAGUACAGCUUGGUCGUGGUUCCUUCUGGCAGCUUUACACAUUACAAAAUUCUGCAUAAACAUUGAUUGUGUGGCAGGUUUGUGCAACUACCACAUGUGUUGAUCAUUGGUUUGGCAGGGAAAUGUGUUCUAUCUGUUCUAAGAGGAAUCUAGGCAUUAGCCUUUGCUCAAAUUAAGCUCUUAAUAUGCUGCAGGGGGUGAUACAGUCAUCUCCUUACAUACUUUUAAUUUCCACAUUUUGUUAAUAUGGAAAGAAGAGUCCUGCUGCCUCUGACAGUUCUUGGGCUUGUUCUUUUUAUGGUGUCAUGACCAAAAUCUCAAAAGUAAAGGGUUUGAUGUAAUUUCAGAAUCUGAAGGAGUUGUAAGGUUCUGAAUUACUGGCUGUGACCAUAAGUGUUACCCAUAUUGAAUCUGGUAGGACUUAGUCAAGGAAGCAUGCUUAGGGCUGAAAGUGCUCUACAAUCUGGAUUAAGUGGAAUGAUUGGUACAGGCCUGAUGGAUGAGUUUUGCCCAAUGAUUGAAUUAGAUGACUUUUGAAACCUUUUGAGCAGGAAUGGGGAAUCUUCCUGGGGAAGUGGCAUGGCUCAGCAGUAGAGCACCUGCUUUGCAUGCAGAAUGUCCCAUGUUCAACCCCUGGCAUCUCCAGGUAGGGCUGAGAAUGGCUCUUACCUAAGAACAUUGGGAGCUUCCCACCAGUCCCGUGUGGAUGGAUGAAUAGCCUGGCUUGGUAUAAGGCAUCUCACUAUAUUUCUGUAUCUAACCUCAUGCCCAGUGACCAAACAUAACCCUCUAAGCCGCUCUCUCUGCCCCUUGGGACUCUUCCUGGGCCACACCCCAUUGUCUACCACACCACCUCUCUCCAAAUGUUUAUGCCUUAAAUGAAUGUGUCCUUGAACUCUUGGUGGCCUGGAUAUAGUAUACUUUGUGUGUGUGAGAGAGAUAUCCCCUUCGCUGCUUUUUGAGUCUGUCCUGUUAAGUUGGGAUAUACCUGAAUAAUAGACAAUAAGGAGAAAUAAGAGGUUGUAAGAUAUUUCAUGUUUAAAAUGAAGAAAAAUGGUAUUUAUCUGUCUAAAUGUGCUAUGGAACUUCUAAGGAUUGCAGCAUAAACUUCCUAGUUUCCUCCUUUUUCAUGGUCUCUUAACUAUUUUCUCUAUCUUUUCCAUUAGUUUAAAGGCAAUUAGAGGUGAUGGUACAAAAAUUGGUUUUCUUCAAGCAUAUCCUGAGACUGUUGCACAAUCUCUCUUCCCAAAGCUUAAUGUACAAAGAUUUUACAGUGAAAUGUCAGUGUGGAGUGUGCACAGAAUUCUAAAUCAGUGUUAGGCAAGAAAUUCUAAUUUGGAAUUUUAUUACCAAACUGCCUACCAGUUUAAUCUAUACUGCAUUGAUUAUUUCCGGAUUUGCUGUGCUAUGAAUGUCUUUGCUCAUUUUAACCCACAGAAGUUUGAGAAGCCUCCGUAAAUGUAAAUAUCAUGCAGGGUGGGGGAAUAGAGAUGGACAAUGGCAGCUGCUAAGGCAAAAAUUAUGUUCAGACCAGAGCAGAUUAGAUCCCUUCCUUAAGGUUUAUAUCUGCUUCCUAUUUGGGAAAGUUUGCAGCCAUUGAAUGAGCUAUAAAUCCAGAGGUGCAACUUUUUUAAAAAUGUGAGGGGUUUUUUAAGGCUAAUAUGUGUUAUUACUUUAAAACUGCUUCUAACCUAGAGCGUUGGAUGAGACACUGUGUGGUCUGUGGGGCAUUUGUUGUGCACUGUGUAAAUCCUUACUGUAAUCUUGUUUAAAAAGAAGCUUUGAGCUCCCAAUUGGAGAAAUGUAUAAAACACUAAAAGGUCAUCUGUCAUGGAUGCUUUAGUUGAGAUUCCUGCAUUGCAGGGGCUUGGACUAGGUGACCCUCAGAGUCCUUUCCAACUCGGCAAUUCUCUGAUUCUCUGAUAUGUCAUCAUAAUGAAUGAAAAAGCAGUUAAAAUUUGUGAACAUUAUAAUUUAUCAAACCCCACUGGUGUGCAUCGCAAAAGGGCCAAAAGUCUUUUUAUGGCCAACCUCUGCCUGAAGAACUACUUUACUAACAGUUUCUUAUCCUACAAAUAUACACUCAUAGUUUUUCCAUGUCAUUUAGCAAAUAUACUUAGAUGCACAUUUUUCCAAAUUUGGGACAAAUUUAUAUUUGCCUGUCGGAACCAUAAAAGUGUGCUGUGUGAUUAUUGGCUUGGGUUUUUCCUCUCCCCUGGGGUUAUGAAUGUAGAUUUCAUGGACAGGUGCCCAAUUCAGUUUUCUCUGCUUCCUGGCUCUUGCACAAAAGAAAGACAUGACUAAGGGAGGGAAGUGCUUCUUACCUUUUUUUUUCUUUGCUGUGCUUAUCUCCACUAGAUCUAGGUUCUUGUUUUUCCUUUAAGAAUCCCAGCCUGAGCUGAUGCAGCUGUAUGAGAGCGGGCACAAAAGGCAUUUCUCCCCCAGUUUCCUGAUGCAUUGAUUCAGCAUCUGCCAACCCUUCAGGCUAUAGGUCACAGUCUGCACUGAUUAGUCUAAAGCGGUGGACCAGAGAAUCUCCUUUCCUCCUUCCUCUGUCCCUUUCUGUCGGUGAAGGUAGUCAACUGACACAAGGGAAGCCACCAUGCUAAAUAGAUCCUUCAUUUGCUUGGUACCAUGCCCUGUGUUUAAAGUGUAGUGCUCUACUGGGAUGAGUGUGGGAGACGUCAAUUAGAAUUGAUCCAACAGCAUUGAAGUGAAGACAAGAGAACAGUGGGAGAGGCCUGGUUUUUCCUGUCACUGCUGUGGUCUAAAGAUCUAUAUGUUCCCACUUUGCGUCCUAAAGGACCUCCAGUGUAGCUCUAAUCACACACUGACUUGUGUCUAGGGCACUUGAAUGUAGCAGCAGGAACAGGGCUAUGCUUCUUUCCCCACCCCAACAUUGCAUCUCUGAUUGCAUGGGCUUCCCAGUUGUGUAGAGCUUGUGCAAACAGUUCUCUUUCAGACCUCUUUGCUCAACAUGUGAAAGUCGGGGUGAAGGGAACACAGUGUUGGGGGUUGGGCCAGUAGCACAGGGCCACACCUGCUGCUACAUAGGAAUGUCCUGCAUGCACGUAUCUGUAUCUAUAAGGCACAUCUUUUCUAAUUGUGUUUAACAAAAUCUAUUUAACUGCAUGAUUGUAACAAAACCUCUGAGUGGUUUACAAGAACGCCUAAAUCAUGCAUAGUCUGGAGCUGAGCGUUCAAAGCAAAGAUGUAUUAGAAGCUGUAUAGGUUUACUUCACCUUUGUGAGACUGUGUGAAUUUUAUUUGGAAAUGAGUGUUUUUGUGUUGUAUAGUGAGUGUUUUUGUUUUUAUGGCCAACCUCUGUGACUGCUCUUGCUGAUGUGAGCCUAUGUAGUCAGAACAAUAAAAACAUUUUACAAUUUGCCAUAAACCGCUCCUGUAACUAUGAAAUGUGCAUCCAUUGCUGCUCACCUGGUGGAGACAGAAACUGCUUCCUGGCUCUAGCACAAAAAAUGACCAUUUUACUAUGGAAGAGUUUUCAUCGAAUUACUCGUGGCAGAUUGUUGCCACAAAUGAGUAUGUCUCUCCAUAGGUAUACUCAUGGUUUUGAGGAGGAGAAAAUAAAGAAGAAGCUCCAGCAAUUUACAGGUGGAUCUGUUGACCUUUCUAAAGAAGAUGAUGGGAUUGGGAUACUGACAUUGAACAACCCAAGGUUUAUGAAUGCGUUUACAGGUGUGAUGAUGCUAGAGCUACAGGAGAGGGUUGCUGAAUUGGAAAACUGGACAGAUGGAAAAGGGCUGAUUGUCCAUGGCGCAGCAAACACUUUUUGUUCAGGGUCUGAUCUGAAUGCUGUCAGGGCGCUGUCCAGCCCACAGGAUGGGAUGGACAUGUGUAUGUUCAUGCAAAACACCUUAACCAGGCUCAUGAGGUUACCUCUGGUUACAGUUGCAUUGGUGCAAGGGAAAGCUCUUGGAGGAGGAGCGGAACUCACCACUGCAUGUGACUUCAGGUUAAUGACCCCGGAGAGCGAAAUUAGAUUUGUCCACAAGCAGAUGGGCUUAGUACCAGGCUGGGGAGGAGCUGCCAGGCUCGUACAAAUCCUUGGCAGCAGCCCUGCCCUCAAGUUGCUGAGUGGUGCUGUAAAAGUGGACCCAGAGACCGCCCUUCGUAUUGGCCUGGUAGAAGCCGCGUUGUCCUCAUCUGAUGAACUUGAGUCACUGGAAGAAACACGCACAUGGCUCAGACCAUACACAAAGGGCCCUCCUGCAGUAAUUCAGGCUGUGAAGAAAGUGGUUUCUGCAGGACGAGAGCUGCAAUUGGAAGCUGCCUUGAUGACUGAAAAAGAGAUUUUUGGAACUGUUUGGGGUGGGCCUGCCAAUUUACAGGCUUUGGCUCAGAGAACAAAACAUAAAUGACACACAAAAGAAAUGGUUUUGAUCUUUCUUUUCCAAACAAACAGCUGCUGCCAAAUAGGGAUUUGGGAGAAACUGUAAAGAAUUGUAUUAACUCAGUGGGCAUUAACUUUCUGGGAUGUUUGAUUAUAAGCCCCACUAUACUCUGAUCACAGCUAGUGGAGAGUAGGGAAAUUUGUUCUUGAAAAAUAAAAGAAAUGCUAGGAGCUUAGUCCCAGGUAGGGUAAAAUAUAUACCACAUAUAUAUUUCCCUUCCAGCAACUUGCUGCAUAUUGCACGUGGAGGUUGUAUGCAUAUGGAAGUCUGCAAAUCAGCCGGGAGACACUUGCAUCCCAGUGAGUAUAUGUAUGUUUCUCUCUCUUGUAGUAAGAGCUGUCAUACUUGGAGUAGUAAUUAAACUUACUCUUUCGAAUCAUCUUCAAUGAAUGCAUUAUUUUCAUGUGCAUUAUGUUAUGUACAGCCAUAAUAUUUUGAAAGGCAAGUGCAACAUUUUAGCCAAGUUUAUCCUUGCAAAGACCUGAGAUGGAUGCAAGAUAAUCCUUUUCAAAUGGGUUUGGUUGUUGUUGAUGUCUCCGGUAAAGCUCUUGGAAAUAAGCAUGUCCAAGUUUGACAAAGUUUGAUAAUAAAAAAAAGGUUUAGCCCUGUCUACAUGUACACUGAAAAUUGGCCAGGUCAAAACUAAAAUAAGUAACAGUACAGUUUUCCUCAAACUUCAUCUAGUUGGUACUCAGUGAGCUCAUACACUACAUGCACAGCCCCAAAGCUCCUGCCUUCAGCUUAUUAAACCAUCUCAAACUUAUACCAGAAAGGUUACUGUUCGUUUGUUGCAGAAGAAACAAAGAAUCUUGAGGCACCUUAACAACCAACAAAUUUAUUAUGCCAUAAGCUUUCAUGAACCCAAGUACACAAUGUAUCUGAUUAAGUGGAUUUCAUCUACAAAAGCUUAUGCAUUUGUUAUUCUUGAAGGCGCUGUAAGACUUUGUUUUAAGUGCAAGAACAUCUCACCUUCAUCUUAGGUCUUUGUGUAGAUAAAGUUGGCAGACACGUUAAAAGGGAUUUUCACACAAUCUUAUGCUGUAUCUGCAAAUCAGUGACGGUGUCUAGGCAUAUAUGGAACAAAGGCCUAUUGGAUGGAUUUCCCGGUUAACUUAAUUGACCUUACCUGCCUCAGCCUUUACAAGAAAGCAUCUCCAAGAUGACUUGCAUCUGCAAACUUGCAAUUGCAUUCAAAGUGCCAAAACCAGUAUCUAGCUGCUUUGUGGAAACAGUAAAUUGGUUUUGUAUACAAUAUCCUUGAUGCAUUUAAAGCUGUAGUUUCUAUAGUAUAAACUUCCUCAUAUUUGUGU